GCUCCCAGUUUCAGCAGAGGAAUGGUAUCCCGAAGUUUGGUCCUACUUACCCUCCUUUUUGUUGUGUGUGUUAAAACUGAGCCUGACCCCGAAGCUUUCCCCAAAGACUGCUGCUCUACACCUGUGAGAGCUUCUAGAGGAAAGCAAGGCCGUCAAGGGUUCGAAGGACCACCAGGUCUCGUGGGAUCAGUUGGCCCUCCUGGUAGACCAGGAUUGCGGGGGAACGUCGGACCACCUGGUCUAAAAGGAACCAAAGGUCGUCUACGUGGCCUUAGUGGAAUAAAGGGAGCCCGAGGGGAGAGAGGAAGGGGAGGAGCUUCUGGACCACAGGGACCUCACGGAAGGGUUGGAUAUGACGGUAGAGAUGGAUUACCGGGUGUAGACGGCUGCAAUGGUACUGAUGGAACACCUGGCAAACCUGGCCAACCUGGUCACCCCGGUUUUAAGGGGGUACGCGGUGUGGAUGGUAGACCUGGAUCAGGAGGAGCCCCCGGAGGUCCAGGCCCGCCUGGUGACGUUGUUAAAGGAGACCAAGGAGACCCUGGUGAUCCUGGAGAGGAUGGUCUGCCUGGAGAUCGUGGUGUCUGGGGUUUGUUUGGGCUCCCUGGAAACCGUGGUCGUCCUGGAAACACUGGGUCUCCUGGCAAAGCUGGAGUUAAAGGAGCUGAGGGAGGACAUGGAGUUCGAGGACCACGCGGGGAUCAAGGUGAUCAGGGCGGAACUGGUGAUCCUGGAGUAGCCGGGAUACCUGGGAUACCCGGAGUUAGAGGAGAUAAAGGUGCGCGAGGUUAUCAGGGAGAGAAGGGACAGGACGGAGCAGGGGUUCCUGGUCUUGAAGGAGCGCCUGGAAAAUCAGGAAAUUCUGGGAAAGUAGGGCACACUGGUCUGCAUGGUUCAUCUGGAUUUGAUGGUAUUGAAGGCGACCCAGGGGAGGUUGGAGCAAAAGGGGAUAAAGGAGAUGAAGGAAUCGAAGGAUCUCAAGGAAUUAAGGGUUAUGAGGGUGAUUCUGGGAAAAGUGGAGACCAAGGACCAAAAGGGGAGACUGGACAAACUGGUGCUAGUGGCGCUGCUGGAGUAAAGGGAUUUGUCGGUGAAAAUGGUGAAGGUGCUAAAGAUGGCAGACCGGGUGUUUCAGGCAUUGCAGGACACAGAGGAGAUCCUGGUGAGACCAGAAUCGACACAAUCGAAGGAUCUAAAGGUCUAUCUGGAGUCCCCGGCAAUAAAGGUGAACAAGGAGAUACCGGAGCAUUAGGAGAGACCGGACGAAAAGGAACAACAGGACCGGCUGGAAAUAGCGGAGACAAGGGUACUCCUGGAGAACUUGGAGCACAGGGGGCGAAAGGAGUACGAGGAGAAGAGGGAGUAUCUGGUCAAGAUGGAGAAAAGGGAGUCGAAGGAAAGCAGGGUUACGAGGGACCUCAAGGAGCUCCAGGUAACACCGGAGCUGAUGGCACUCACGGAGGGGAUGGAGCAAAAGGAGAAGCAGGUAUUCCUGGGGAUAAUGUACAAGGUAUAAACGGGAAACAGGGAGAUCGAGGAGACAAGGGGGAGCAACGAGACCAGGGUUCUCGUGGACUUGGUGGUGUUUCCAUUAAAGGAAAAAAAGGCUUGUGGGGAUUAGCUGGAGUACCGGGAUUAAAAGGAGUGCCAGGGGUAAAAGGAGGAGCUGGCGACGAAGGACAAAAAGGCAAAGAAGGUGCCACAGGAGCUCUUGGAGGAUCUGGAGAAAAUGGCCGUGUUGGAGCUAACGGCAAAGACGGUCACCCUGGAGUCAUGGGAAAGAAAGGAGAAGGUGGAGAUGUUGGUGAACCUGGAGAUGUUGCUGCACCAGGCAAGCGCGGCACUCCUGGUGCUAGUGGAGAUAAGGGACAUCAGGGACCUUCUGGAGAUAAGGGUCAUAAGGGAGAACCUGGUUCAGAAGGUGAUCCAGGAAAUACUGGCACGAUUGGAAACCAGGGAGUGUUUGGAGAAAAGGGAGUAAGUGGUAAAGAUGGAGCAAAGGGUAAAAGUGGAAUUGACGGAAAUGAUGGUCCAAAAGGAUUCAAGGGUAUCCCUAGAGCCAAUGGAGAAUCUGGUGAAGACGGUUCCACUGGACCCAAAGGACAGACGGGUUUAAAAGGAAACAUUGGUAGCCCUGGUCUAGCUGGAAACAAAGGUGUCCAUGGAAUUAGUGGUGAGCCAGGGCCUGAGGGUGAUUCUGGUGAGUCAGGAGGAGGCGGUAACAAAGGAGUACAGGGAGCUAAGGGAGGACCAGGAAAUCAGGGAGAAACUGGUGAUGAGGGACCUAAGGGAGAUGCUGGUUAUCCAGGUGUCAACGGUCAGAGCGGUUAUGAUGGAGCAGAUGGUGAAACUGGUGAGACUGGUGAGAAGGGAGACCAGGGUAUCCGAGGAGCUCAGGGACCACAGGGAAUUCCCGGAGAAUCUGGUGCUAGUGGUUUACCUGGAAGUGAAGGUGCAAAGGGGUCUCAAGGAGUCACUGGGGAACAAGGAGAACAGGGAGAGCAAGGAGACAAAGGUACUCUAGGCGAUAAGGGAGAACAAGGGAACUCCGGGCAGGAUGGCAGGAAUGGAGAUAAGGGUUUUCGAGGUAAAAACGGGACUUCUGGGCAAGACGGCAAACCAGGAGAACUGGGUUUUAAAGGUUCUAUUGGAGAUCAAGGAUACGAUGGAGAAAUCGGGGAGCCUGGGAUAAGUGGAGACCCUGGAGAAAUUGGCCGGCGAGGAAAUUUUGGAUUUCCUGGAGAUUUUGGACAAGAGGGUUACCCGGGAGUACCUGGAAAAUCCGGAAUAAACGGUAUAAAUGGAGUGCUAGGAGGACAAGGAGCCCAAGGUGAAGUAGGGCCCCCAGGACCUGAGGGAUCGCAGGGGUCUCAAGGAAACCAAGGAUUGAAAGGAUAUCCUGGAGAGAGCAUAAUAGGAGCAAAUGGAAAUACUGGAGAGCAAGGAGACAAGGGCGACCCCGGUUAUCCUGGGCAUAGAGGAGACGACGGAGAAAAGGGCAUUCCCGGAGAUAUUGGAGACAAAGGACUACGUGGUGCUCGGGGAUUACAUGGUGCUCCUGGUGACACGGGGACAAAAGGAGAUCCUGGAUUCAAUGGAAAUCCUGGAUCUCAGGGAUUACCGGGUGAGAAAGGUCCUGAGGGUAACAAGGGCCGGCUGGGAUUCCAGGGUACACAAGGACACCAUGGAAGAGAUGGAACUAACGGAGUAAAGGAUGUUACAGGGGAUCCAGGACGUGAAGGUCCUCAAGGACCUCAUGGGAUUCACGGAUAUCGAGGAGCAAACGGAAAUAAAGGCUCCAUCGGAGAGCAAGGAAACCCUGGUUCACAUGGACAUAUUGGGAGAAAGGGUAAACAAGGAAACGAAGGUCCGCCUGGAGAAAAGGGCAAUGACGGAGUGCGAGGAGCAGCUGGAUUUACGGGAUCUAAGGGUGAGGAUGGUAACCAGGGUGAUACUGGCGAGCAAGGAGAAACAGGUGAUGGAGGUGUGGCCGGUCUCCCAUCUCAAGGUAACAAAGGAGCACCAGGAGUCGAGGGUAAACAGGGAGAAGCUGGAGCUAAGGGAGAAGUAGGGACAGAAGGGUUUUUGGGAAUAACAGGAGACUCCGGACCUAAAGGAGCAGCAGGAGCCCAAGGAGAGGUGGGGAAGGAGGGAAAGGACGGGGUGAAGGGAGAUGUAGGUGAGGAGGGAGAGCGAGGAGGAGAGGGAUCUAAAGGAGAACCUGGUAAUGGUGGAAAUGAUGGUGCUAAGGGUGAGGUGGGUGAUCAAGGAGAAGGAGGUGGAAAUGGUAAAAAGGGUGGACAUGGUACUAAAGGAGUGCUAGGUUCAAUUGGAAUCCCUGGUGAGCAGGGCAGUCAGGGAUAUCAAGGGGAAAACGGUCAAAACGGCGUUGACGGUGAACCAGGUAUUCCUGCCGGAGAAACAGCCUGUAAUGGGGAACCGGGUGAACAAGGUAUUGAUGGCAAAAAGGGAUUCAAAGGAGAUCAAGGAGCAAUAGGCGCCACAGGAGACAAACGUCCUGUUGGGGAUCCUGGAUAUAAAGGAGCAAAAGGAGAUCCAGGGAUGGAAGGUGCAGCCGGAAAGACGGGGAAGUUAGGGCAUCACGGAGACUAUGGAUCAGCUGGAAAACCUGGUGAGCCCGGGGAUAAUGGACAUGCUGGAGAGAAAGGACCUUCUGGAAUUGGAACACCAGGUUAUCCCGGUGCUGAUGGGAAAGACGGAGUAAAAGGAAAAAAAGGAGACCGUGGAGGAGGAGGUGAGAAGGGAGCUCCUGGAGACCAAGGGAACACUGGAGCACAAGGAGACCUCGGAUCAACUGGAACCAAGGGGUUUAAAGGAUUAUCAGGAGUUGUUGGAAAACAAGGAGAUCAAGGUAUACCGGGGGAUCAGGGAGCAAAAGGUGGACCUGGAGUGGAUGGAGAAAAAGGAGACCCCGGAACACCCGGACAUGAAGGGUCGAAAGGUGGUUCUGGAGAGUUCGGUGAAGAUGGGAAUAUUCUUGUUGUCGUUGACCCCGAGAGUGGUGAACAGACAAAAGAGUUUAUUGUCUGGGUUAACCUUAUUAGCGAAGUUUUGAACUAUACCAGACUCGCAGAGAAAGGGUCGCCUGGAGAGGAAGGACAUGCUGGACCACAUGGAAUAAAAGGUGCACCAGGUUCACCCGGUCACCCUGGGAGUAAUGGUUCAUCUGGUGCUGAUGUGACUGAUGGUGGAGCUGAUGGGUUACCAAUACCUGGGAGGGAUGGAGCUACGGGAUCCUCAGGAAGUCCUGGUAAUACUGGCAACAAAGGACGCAGAGGUACGAAAGGUAUGCACAGUCGAAAAAGGGGUCUAACCGGUAUCCCGGGACGGAAGGGACGAGGAGGAGUUAAAGGAUCUAAAGGAGCAAGGGGAAAGCAGGGGACCUGCAAGCCUCAUGAGUACGAAUACAACCACCCCAUCGUCAGACAUUCUCAUUCUGUUACUGUCCCUGAAUGUCCUAGUGGUUACAAAUCUCUUUGGAUUGGAUACUCUCUUGUGAUGUUUGAAGGGAAUGGCAAGGCUUUAGCUGAAGAUAUCGGAGAGAGCGGGACGUGUUUAGAAGACUUCCAAAUCCUGCCAUUCCUACAGAUCUACUCCGACUGCGGGGAAGACGAGUGCUUGUACGGUUCCAAGAGUCCUGCUGACAAAUCCUACUGGCUGUCUGUAGACCCUGACGGUCACUUUUCCCAGCCUCGCAUGACAGAUAUUGAGGACAUUAAGAACCAUAUUGGGAGAUGUCGUGUGUGCCUCGGACAGAGGUUCACUCUCACCAGGCACUCUUUCAAGGACACUGCUCCGGAUUGUCCUAAACACUUUUCAGCUCUGUGGACUGGAUAUUCGCAUCUCAUGAUCUCAACCUCUAGCUCCGGGGGCGGGACAUCACUCUCCUCCUCGGGCUCCUGUCUAGAGUUCUUCCACAACCCUACCUUCCUGGAGUGCCUGGGUGCCGGAUAUUGUUACUACUCCAUCACCCACAUUGACUACUGGCUGGCUAUAGACAACAACAGCACAGUGGCUGUCCGGCCAGGUUAUUACAAAGCUCUGGGGAAUAUUUACAAGGGUAAGGAUGAGGUGAUGGAGAAGGGAAUCAGUCGGUGCACUGUCUGUGGAAGGAACACUUAAUGCUUAAGAGUAGUAGUGGUUACACACCAUGUUUAUGAACAUUUGAGUGUUUGAUUUAGAGGACGAGUUGUUUUGAAUCAUAACUGAUAACAAGACUACCAGGAGCUGUUAACUGUUUUGAUUUUAUUAUUUAUUGUAAUCCAUAUCAAAGUUCAAAAUAUCUGAAAACAGCAAUCCUAAGAACAUUAUUGGUAGCUGUCUCAAAACAUAAAAAGGUCCAAAUUCAAAAGAUAAAACUAAAUUUUCUCAAAAAACUUCCAAUCUUCCAUGUAACUCUAUUAAGAGCAAUGGCUCUCAAAUCUUCAAAAUCUGAAAUUGGACGUAGAGAAUUUAAAAUUUUCUUUCGUUUUAGGUAAUUUCUUAUCAUGUCAAGUAAAUUUAGACUAGGUUUACCAACAAGCCUACCUUUAAGAUUUACGUCAGUCUGGAAUUUGGUAGGGGCAGCCCAGGAGUUGCAAUUAUACAUGAUGAAUUGAUGAUGGGCACGACUAGGACUUGAGCUUCGUAUAUUCUGAGCUUA